AUGGCAUCAUCCACCCUCGAUGCGGUCCUCAAGAAGUACACCGCCGCCGGCGACGACACCAAAGACAAGGUCCUCGGCGCUGCCUUCAUCGUCGUGAACAAAGAUGGAAUCCUGUACAGCGGCUCAGCAGGCCGCAUCGACUUCGCCGCUGACGCGCGCUCCUGGGACAUCGAUACCUUCACCUACGUCGCCUCCAUGACCAAGCUCAUCACCUCCACUGCCGUCAUGCAGCUCGUCGAACGGGGCCUUGUCGGCCUCGACGACGACAUGCGGGCCGUGGUACCCCAGCUCGCACGCAUGCAGAUCCUCCGCGGCUUCGACGGGGAUGAGCAGCCGAUCCUCGAAGACAACGCUACGCCCAUCACGCUGAGGAUGUUGCUCACGCACACGGUCGGUCUGGGCUACGACGUCGCCGACCCGGACCUCAUGAAGUGGCACAAGGCCGUCGGCCGCACCGCGACGAACCUCGACGCCAACCUCGACGGUUUCACCACGCCCUUCAAGUUCACCCCCGGCGAGGGAUGGUACUAUGGUACGGCCGUCGAUUGGGCGGGCCAGGCGCUCGAGCGCAUCACCGGCAAGAGGCUCGGCGCUUACCUCUCGGAGAACAUCUUCGCGCCCUGCGGCAUGCGGGAUACGGGGUUCUGGCCCAAAGAGCUGCCCCACGUCGCCGAGCGGACGGCGGCGUGGCAGCACCGCGGCGGCGACGGAUCGUCCCUGGCCCCCGGCCCGGGUCCGCGCAACGUCGCCGAGGACGCCAUCGAUAGCGGCGGCGCGGGGCUGUGGACCACCGCCCAGGACUACGGCGCGUUCCUGCAGGCGCUCCUGAGCGGCGCCCUCGUCAGCAAGGAGACGUUGGGGGAGAUGGCGGUGCCCCAGCUGGACGAGAAGCAGGCCAGGAUGCUCAAGGAGGUCGCGGACUUAUGGGGGUCUCUCGCGGUGGAGUUCUCGUCGGACAUGGAGCUCAAUCACAGCCUGGCCGGGUGCGUCAACAUGAGCGACGCGCCGGGGAAGCGAGAGAAGGGCAGCCUGCAGUGGAGCGGCAUGUGCAACAGCCACUGGUGGAUGGACCACGAGACGGGCGUCGCGGGCGCGUUGAUCGUGCAGUCUAUUCCGCAUGGCGACCCAGUUGUAAGCAGGCUGUAUGAUGAGCUGGAAAGGGCCGUGUACGGGGAGCUCCUCAGCCAGUAG